CGAUAGGCCUGUAUGUUGUGGAGUUGGAUGCAACUGUGAUCAGCGUCAUCCUUUAAUGCCAGACAGAACAGUUUGCCUCUGUCCUGUACACUCUUCGCCAUCGGGGUCUCAACUUUUAGAAUGGGGUGCAUGGUCAGAAUGUAGCGCCACUUGUGAGAGUAACGGUACUCGAUACAGAAGAAGGUCCUGUGUAGGCUGCUGUAACAAUGUGCCAACAGAGACAGAAAUUUGUGGAUUACAGGCCUGUCCAGUACAUGGUUCAUGGGCUACAUGGGGACAAUACAGUACUUGUGACAAAUCGUGUGGAGGUGGAUGGAAAAUAAGAUACAGGAAAUGUAAUAAUCCUUCUCCUUCUAAUGGUGGUGAACCUUGUUAUGGGGAUUCCGUACAACCCACAAAAUGUGCAGUUACCAACUGCCCAGUUGACGGUGGUUGGUCCGCAUGGUCAGCAUACAGCAUGUGCAGUGAAACUUGUGGCCAAGGAGUCCAGAUAAAGUUGCGCACCUGCACCAAUCCAAUCCCGCGUUAUGGAGGAAAUGGCUGUGUAGGAUCGACCAACGCUACCAGAUCAUGUCAACUUCGGGAAUGUUCAGUAAACGGAUCUUGGGGGCACUGGAGCCACUUCCGUCCAUGUGACAUGUCAUGUGGUGGAGGAUUACAAAUGAGGCUGAGGAAAUGUGAUAACCCUGCGCCAUUGCAUGGUGGACUUCCGUGUCCUGGUCAAGUUAUCCAAACGAAGGCGUGUAACACUCAGCCAUGUCCAGACCAAAUGAAGAGUUCCCUAUCACCAAAUGUGAUCGGAUAAUAUGAGGAUUCAAUUGUACGCUACACUACCAUGAAUUAGAUAUAUAUUAAA